ACCAAAGAAGUGAAUCAACACAAGGUUGAAAUGAUGAUCAAGUUAGCUUUCUUGGGACUUUGUCUUGUCGCUGGGUCUUCAGCCGUUUUGAACUCUCAGACUGAACUGUACACUUUAGGGGCCAGUAACCCAGUUCUUCCAGGCUACCCAGUGUUUUUCCUCUCAUGGGGCCAGUGGAGAUAUUUCUGCGACACUGUCCAGACAGAUGAAAAGCAAUGCUUUAACGACUGCAUGACUGCCAACGGCAUGGCCAGGUAUAUCGACACUGCAAACGGUAUCACUCCAAUAUGUCCACCGACAAUGCCGGGAUGUACAAUUCCAUGGAAAAAAACAGCAUGUCAAUGUGCCAAGCGCUGUGAAUGCAAACUUGGGCGUUGCUCCAAUGCAGACUGCAUCUUCUGCCGUUAAACCAGCAUGGACUGAUUUUCCAGAAUAGAAAAGAGAAACAAAAAAAACAUCUUCGAUGUAAAAGCAUAAAGAGAAAUAAAUAUGCCAAAUGAC